AGUGAGUGUGUGAGUGUGUGUUUGUGUGUGUGUGUGUGUGAGUGUGUGAGUGUGUGAGUGAGUGAGUGUGUGAGUGUGUGUUUGUGUGUGUGUGUGUGUGUGUGAGUGAGUGAGUGUGUGAGUGAGUGAGUGUGUGAGUGUGUGUUUGUGUGUGUGUGUGUGUGAGUGUGUGAGUGUGUGAGUGAGUGUUUUUCUCUUACUUAACAUAUCUUCAGCAAAAAAUUCAAACCCAAAUUCCAUUUGCUUUUGGGAAUUUUAUCUGUGGUAUAUCAGCAUGGGAUUUUUAGUAAACUGACAUUUAUGUUAGUAUUCAGUUAGUGUCACUUUUAUUUUUGAGUUAUUUUCAACCACUGCCAUGAAAUGUGAGGGAUGGGUUUUUCUUUUAGGAGUAGUUGAACAUCCUAGAGACACAGUAGAUACUGGUUACUGCUGAGAGGGAAUCUGCUAAGCUUGAAAAACUCAGCAGGGUGUCAAUUCUGAACAUGCUCCAACCAGCACACCUGGAGGUUACAGUCAAUCCACACUCAAAAGCACUCGAAUGCAUUUGGUCGAGAUGUCCAAAAAUCCUUCUUUCAGUGUAACAAUUUAUUUCCUACGAGGUUAAGAUAAAACCAGAUGGAUCGAUUGUAACAAAUGAUUGUGAAAAGUUGUCUAGUUUUAUCUGCUUGCUUCACACUUAGUAUCUAAUCAAGGUUGAAUCCUCUAGUUUACUGGAGAUGAGAAAGAUGUUAUUGUGGCUAAACUGAGAACAAGAAAGAAAAGUUCAAAAAUCAAAAAUUUGUGAGUCAAAAUUUUGCUUCUGUUUAUUCCAGCAUGGUAAGAGAUUUAUUUUAACGUAGUAGAGUUUUUGGUUUUUAUUUGCCUGUUUUUUGUUUGUUUGUUUUAAUUUGGUUUGGUUUAACUACAAAACGUUCUCACCAUUAAACAACAGACUUUUCCUCUUUCCUGUUUUUGACUGGAGGAAGUAGAAUCCAAAGGAUAAGAUAAACCUAAGAUAAACAUUUAUUCUUCCCACAGCAGGGAAAUUUCCAUGAGUUCCAAAACAAUGGUACGCUAAUCAUCUGAUUUUUGCUAACUAUCAAAAUUCUGAACUAGCUACAUAAUUCAAAUAUUUGAUUUAUUCCUGAUUUUGCCACGGUUGACUGCGAUGCUGAAAAACACGUGGCCUUCUCUUUAAUCUGGUGACCAAAAUUUAGAACUUGUGUAAAUUGCUGAAACUUCUUGGUGAAUUACUUGGCAAUUAGUACUAAGCAGCUUGUCCAGCGUGAUAUAUGAAGUGACAGAAUAUGCAGAAAUAAAGUGGUUUUCACUUAAGACAGCUUUUAGACAUAAUGCAUGGACACAGGAUGUAGAUUAUGAAGCAUAUGAACUCCAGCCAUUUCUCCAUUUCUCUAUCUCCAUCACACCAUCUAUCAUGUGCAAGUGACUGACAGCUAGCGAGUCACUGACUGAGUGACUGUCUGGGAAGCGUUAUAAGAAGGCUUUGCUGUCUAUGUACACGCUUAUAAAGAUAAAGGAUGAAUGUGCAAGCAAAUUAAUGUGUGCAGGCUUAGAGGUAGCCUUUUCCAUUAAAUUCAGUAUUUCUACCACUCAGGUGGGAAUGUCACUUUAUGUAUAUUAUGGAAUUGCCAAACUGAAUCUUCACCCACCUCACAGUGAUCAGUAAUUUGAGUGAUCUUCAGCCACAAUAAAUAAUAAGAUAAUUAAAAGUGAUGUCAGGAGUUAUUGGUCCAGGUCCUUGCCAGACCACUAGGGAGUCCUGGCAAGUGGCUUAUUUGUGUUAUUCCUACAUGGGCGGUGCCACAUUCUUUCCUAAUGCGUGUUCCCACUUUCUCACCUGUCCCUUGUUUUCCCUUGAUGUGCUGCUCUAUAUAUGUUUGUCUUGUUAUCUUGGUCGGUGCCAGUCAUUAUGUUUAUGUGUCGAUCUAAUGGUGUAUAUGUGCCUUAAGGCCAGACGCCUUGUUAUCUAGGUUUUUAUGUUAUAGUCAUGUUUAAUGUAGUUGUGUUUUGUUUGGUUACAAAAAAGCAGUGCACGUACUGGAUCCCUGCGUUUGGGCCUGAUCUCCUACUGCGGGCGAUCAAGCUUAUGACGGGGAUCAGGGUUUGAUCUACGACAUCCGCACUGUCCACCCCGUUCGUUGCAAAUGAAAUUUUUUCCUCCAAACAGCACUGUGAGUGACUUUUAUUCAGGAUCAGAACUUUUAGCCUAAUAUACAGUUUCACCUCACAAGGAUGCAGUAAAUUACAGGAAAUGUCCAUGACGAUUUUGCUGUACAAGAAAACACAAAAGGAAAAAACUCCACUAGUUCAUUCAGUUGUAGAGCUACAUGGCAACCUUCUGAAAUUUUAGAAAAGCUUGUUUGUACACACAAUAAGUCUAGGCCCUAAACAGCAGCAAGGCAGACUGACUCACUUAUGUCCUUAUGUGUUUAAGCCAUUUACGUUACUUACAACAAAGCUGUACAAGAUAUUGUAGGAAAUAUGACUGGGAUUGUUUCAGGAAGUACUUUUUAAAUGGGUAAAUGAUUACACAUUAACUGAGACAAAUAUCAAGACCUUGUUACUGGACUUCCCAGGAUGAGUCACAAUUUAAGUUAAAGGAAGUGUAGGACACAAAAGUGCUUAUUCACAACAGUCACCACAACAUGUAGUGUGAGUAUAAGGAUUAAAAAUAAAAAGUGAACGUGAGAGACUGUUCUGGGGACCUGAGAGCUUAAACACUGCCUGAAUACAGGUAUCUGUGGGACAAGUGAAGCUGAAAAUGGAAGCUUAUGACAAUGAGACUGAUGUCUGUCUGUCUGCUGAUUCAUCUAUAAAGCAUUAUUACCUUCCUAUCAUGUAUGGGAUUAUAUUUUUGGGUGGAUUUACUGGCAAUCUCAUGGCCAUCAUAACUUACGUGGUCAAGCUGAGGCCUUGGAAGAGUGGGAGCAUCAUUAUGGUGAAUCUGGCAGUAACUGACUUGCUGUACACUCUCAGCUUACCUUUCCUUGUCAAUUUCUACAUCACCAGGAAUUGGGUGCUGGGCGAGUUUAUGUGCCGCUUCCUCCGCUUCUGCUUCCACUUGAAUCUGUAUGGCAGUAUCCUCUUCCUUACUUGUCUCAGUGUCUUUCGUUAUGUGGUGGUGGUGCACCCACUUCGAGCAGCUCAGGUCCAGAGGGCUAGCUGGGGUGUCUCUGCCUGCUUGGCUAUUUGGACCAUCUCUCUAUUGGAGAUUGGCCCAAUGCUCAGCAUGAUCACAACCCAGAAAAAUGGUAACACCACAGACUGUUUGGACUUUGCUAGCAAUGACCCAAUGAGGGUAUGGUGGUAUGCCUGGCUACUGAGCGUGUUGGGCUUCUUACUGCCCCUGGUUGUGGUGUGUUGGUGUUAUACACGUAUCAGUGGUGCACUGGGAAAAAGCCUUUCAGCAUCCAGGCCCAGCCGGGUACGAGCUCACAGACUCACAGUGAUGAUCUUGGCUGUAUUUGUCAUGUGUUUCCUGCCCUAUCACAUCCUAAGGCAACUGAGAGUGGGCAGUCUGAGGAGCAAUGUGACAUCCUGUUUGCAAAAGAAAAUCAUCAACGAUGCCUACACAAUUUCACGGCCCUUGGCAGGCCUCAACACCUUCUUCAAUUUGGCACUUUUCACCUUGGCUGGAGACAAGUUCCAGCAGGCUUUCUAUAGCCUGAUUUCCAGGACGAAACCUACCAUCAGGAAGGUGGCAGUGAUCUGCUGAAGACCUGAAAAUAGAUCUUCAUUUUAGAUAACCUACAUUACAUAGCUCUAAAUCUGAACUUCUUUUACGGCAUAGAAAGAGAACUGACUUUUACAUCACCUGAGUUCCAACUGAAGCAAGAAGCAUUCUGGGAGAAAAGGUUUACUUUACUGUUACUUUACCACAAAUAUUGUUGCAUGGUUUUUUUGUUGAGUUUGAGCUUACAUGUCAAAGAUUCAAAGAGUAAUUAAAUGCACAGUUAGGGUAAUUUCCUUGGACAAUCAUUUUUACCAUUUGUACUGAGAAAAGAACAAACUUUAUACAGUAGUUCAGGAUAGUCAACACGUUGAUGUACUAGCAAUAAAUGUUAAAAGAAAAUCAGAUAAAGAAUGCAUGAAACUCACCUUCUGUCAUGCAGUGGCAAACAAUAAUAAAGUAGGAAAUUCAGGAUUUCAGUGAAGGUUAAGUCAGAGCCUCCUUUCAAGCCUGGUUAAUGUUUUUUUAUUUUUCAGCUACCGUUUGCAAAACCUUUUGUUUUUUCUUUGUUUAGCACACAUGAAAAAAUAUUAAUGUCUAUCAAUAUAGCAAUAAUAAGACUGAAUUAACAUCAGCUGAUUUCAUUGGUGAUAUCACAUACUGCAAGUCUAUUUCUUAACUCAAUAAAUUACAAAUGCAGUCUGUUCGCUUUUUUUGCCUCCACAUUUACAAUGGCAAUUUGGGUUAAAAAUAGGAAGAGCUGACUGUGGGAACAAGCAGCUCAAGAGAGCAGGUAUUUCUGCUGAAUUCUUCACAGUAGAUGAAUCACACCACCUGAUGAGCAAAACUUCACUGGCUGUCCAUUUGCUCUGCUAAUUUAGUGCAGUGUGUCGCCACUAAAUACAGUUUCCUGCAGGGGUCUCUGGCACACACUUCAAAUCAAUUUGUGUUUGUUAUAGCUCUUGUUUGUGGCAAAACCGAGCUUCCGAAACAUCAGACAUGGGAUACGGACCAGGAUUAAUAAUACUGUAAAUAUAAAUGCUGUGUUUGUGGUCAUUUGUAAAUAAAUAUGAUGAA